AAUCUUAUCAUUCCGGUACCAACGCUUGUUGAUCAAACUUGUCCUGGGCCACCACGUCGGAUACGUUACUUCAAACGGGUUAUCAAUAAAAUUAUUGGAUCGUUAAUCAACCGAAGCUACAAACUAGUUUGGUGUAAAUAAAAUAAAUUUAAAAAAUAUCAGCCAAGUUAAAAAAUAUUUAAGUUUAUGGCUAUGGUGUUAGUGUUUGUGAAAAGUAAAUAUUUCUAAAAUAAGUUUCAAAGUGUUUCUCUCUAAAAUAUAUUUCAAAUAAUAAAUCAAAUACAAAAGAAAUCAAACCGAAUCGAACCGAGAAGCGGUAUUCGAAAAGUGUAAACACGGUGAAAAUAACAUUCAGAAUUUAUCUGAAUGAAUGUGUAAAUGGACAACGGAAAUUUAAUUAAAUUGCGAACAAAACGAAUAAGUAUUGUUCGGUGCGGAAGCCGACUGCCGCCCCCACAAUCCGCCUUAUUUGUGCGUUUAUUUUUUCCCAGCCAAUAUAAAAAAAAGAGAUCGAAGUGCGAAUGUUUACAGUGGCGGGGCGAGAAAACAAAUAGGCCAAAAGUGUUGAACGCAAACAAUAACUUUAAAUGAUUGCCGACAAAGUCAUCACCUGAAAAGUCAACAGUUUUGAGAGCAAUCCGACAGGCAACUGUGGAGGAGCACAAUCCACACAUGAAAUAGACUUCCAUUCAUUAUGAGGAAAGCAAUUAACCAGAAUGCAGCCAUCCGAGAAUUUUGGCACUAGGAUAGUUGGCUAUUUGGUUCUUUUCCUGCUAUGUCAGUCCUGCAACUCCCUAGACUCUACACUCCAGGGGAACAGCAGCACCACCACCACCACAACCACAACCACCAGUCCAACAGUGGUUACUUUGGGCCUCACUGCCCAGCCGGAUCUGAAGCUCCAAAUGCAUCACUAUGUGACCGUAGUACCAGAUCCUCCCAUUCCCAAUAAUGUCAGCCUGAAGGUCCACGAAACGGCCCAUAAAAUACGUUCAAAUCCCACACCAGAUGGCGAAAUCACAGACCUGAGUACAAACGUAACCCUUUACAUGGAAAAAAUUCCACGACUGCUUGUUCGAUGGCAGGAUAAUCUGCCAGAGGGUAAAUUGAGCACUUCAUACAAUGUCCUUGUGAGUGCUCUGAAUAACAGUCGGUGUCCGGAUGCGCCGUGCAGCGAAUAUGGCAUCAAACAGAAGCCCACCGACUCCGGCUACGUAUACCUGCCCAUGAAUCCCAACCUGAACGUGGAGUCCGUGGACUGCAACUACAUGUUCGGCUGUCAGUACAAGAUUACAGUGGAGACAUCCAAUGCCCUUGUUAGGCGCUCCGCUAAAGUCUAUAUUCCACAAUGUGUGGCUGGUAAGUGCUCCUGCCAACUCACUCCCACUCCCCCAAAGGUCCUGGCCGUGGGAAAAAUGCUAGGCAAUGACACCAUCAGCAUCAACCUCUCCAUCCAGGCCAGCGAUCUGUUCCGCAAGGAACAAGACUCUCGCCUGCACGAGACCCUCAGGACAUACAAAAUGCAAUUGAAAAUAAACGAAGAGACGAACCCCUCCCUGCCAUGGGGUGGUGUCCUGAAACACCUCAUAACCAGGGAGUUCAACGUGAGCGAGUUAAUGUUCCGACCGACUCCGAAGGGCUUCGAUGGCAGCAUUAAACUAGGACUGGGAACCCAGCUGAAGGAGAAGGCCUCCCUCAGUCUCCAGGCCGUCAUUAUUGAUACUGUAGGUUGCGAAGGACCUCGCAGUGUCACCAAGGUUCCCGUGCCGGCCCAUCCUGUUUUAUUGACCGAAGGCGACAGCGUGAGCAACUCAAUCGUAAUAAUGAGUGGCAUGCUCAUAGCCAUUAUCCUGGCGGGCCUCAUAAUGCUUAUCCUGCGACACAAAAGAGCAAAGACCAAGGCCAAGCAGAGGAAGCAGGAGCAGAUUUAUUUUCAAACUUUUGCCACUUCGGCUAUUGAGAUGGAGGACAACGUCAACUACGUGGACAAAUACGUGGAGCAGAAAUCCCAGGUCCUUGGCUUGGCGGACAUCUUCGAGGUGCCCCACUCAUCCAUUCACAUUGGUCGGGUACUGGGUGAGGGUGCUUUUGGACGAGUCCACGAGGCCACUGCCAUCAAUCUGCGCCGGAUGAGGGGCACCACUAUUGUGGCCGUGAAGCAACUCAAGACCAAUCCAACGGCAGACGAGGUGGCUGAGUUUCUGGCCGAGAUUGAAAUGCUCAAAGGAGUGGGCACCCAUCACAAUGUGGUGUGCUUCCUGGGAUGCUGCACUAUCAAGCCGCCAUACCUAAUGAUUAUGGAAUUUGUGGGACGGGGAAACUUGUUGAGCUACUUGCGAACGGUGCGCCAGGAGGCAAGUAAGCUGAAGAAUCGAAAUGCCAACUACACCAGUUGCCGGCCAAUUAGCACAUCCUCACAAAAGACCCAGAGUGUAAACUACAUCGAAUUGAAGGCAGACACCCAGAGCAUGGAGCUGGAGAACUCCGAUGGUCAUAGCCUAUUGAAUGGGCAUGGGCCGCGGCAGCAACAUCCUUCGGUUGCCGAGACCACCUACACGAUUGUGGAGGACGAGGAGCCGUUCGAGUACAUCCUCGACAAUAAGGAGCUGCACAACUUUGCCCUCCAGAUAGCCAAUGGAAUGCGAUUCCUCGAAGAGCAGGAAAUCACACACCGCGACCUGGCGGCUCGUAACGUGUUAAUUGACAGCAAUAAGACUCUGAAAAUAUCAGACUUUGGGCUUUCGAGGCACGGAAUAUACACAAACACAAAAACACGAAAGCUGCCCCUGCGAUGGCUCUCCAUCGAGGCGAUUCGCGACAAUGUUUACUCCAGCAAGAGCGAUGUGUGGGCGUACGGCGUGGUGCUCUGGGAGAUCGGCACCCUGGGCGCCUCCCCCUAUCCGACGAUCAGCAACAGUGAGCUGAUACCCUUCCUGAUGGCUGGCAACCGGCUGCAGAGGCCGGAUAUCUGCACCCCGCAGGUGUACACCAUCAUGCUGCAGUGCUGGCUGGAGGAGCCGGAGGAGCGGCCCACCUUCGAUGCCCUGUACAAGGUGCUGAGGCCAAAGACCACCUACGUGGAUAUCAACAGUCUGAGUGAUGAUUACGUAUUCCCGCCGAUUAGUGAGAAUAGAGAAUAAACUUAGGAUUAGUAGUAUUUUUAACAUUAUGAGUGUAUUUAUGUAACUUCCUAGUGUAUAUAUUAAGCUGUUAAUAAUAGUUCUCUUACUAUAAAGUAUCGUUGAAAACUUUUUUGUUAAUUUUAAUCCAUCGUACGCUUAUGGCAUCUCCCCCUGUGAGUCCAACACUUUUCGGAACAAAGUACAGACAUAAGUUCAGCCCCGGUUUGAAAUUGUUUUAUAAAUUUAUUUCUGCCACAGAUUGUAAAAAGUUAAUUGUAAUUACUAUAAUAAUGGCCACUGUAUACGAACGUUUUUCAUGUGCUGUGAGUAUGAAAAAUAAUUAAAUGCAUGUAGUGCAUGCAUGCUCUCUAAAGUAUUAAUAAAAUUUUCCUGACAUUAA